GCAAGUAAUAUCUCUCUCUCUCUCUCUCUCUCUCUCUCUCUCUCUCUCUCUCUCUCUCUCUCUCUCUCUCUCUCACACACACACACACACACACACACACACACACAAAAACAGCAUUACCAAAAUAUACUAUGGGAGAUUGGUGGUGGUGGCGGUGUUCUUUUUUAUUAGUUUCACUGAUUUUAACAGCAUCUCUUGGCACCAUCCAUGGUGGCAAUGUCACCUACGACAGAACAUCAUUAGUCAUUAAUGGCCAACAUAAAAUCCUCUUCUCCGGUUCAAUUCAUUAUCCUCGUAGCACUCCUCAGAUGUGGCCUAACUUAAUUGCCAAAGCCAAGGAAGGGGGAUUAGAUGUCAUACAAACUUAUGUAUUUUGGAAUCUUCAUGAGCCUCAUCAAGGCCAGUAUGAGUUUAGUGGAAGGUUUGAUUUAGUGGGAUUCAUUAAAGAAAUUCAAGCACAAGGUUUAUAUGUGUCACUUAGAAUUGGACCUUACAUUGAGAGUGAAUGCACUUAUGGGGGUCUACCAUUAUGGUUACAUGAUAUUCCAGGAAUUGUAUUUAGAUCUGAUAAUGAUCAAUUCAAGUUUCACAUGCAAAGAUUCACAACCAAAAUAGUCAACCUAAUGAAAUCAGCCAAACUUUUUGCUUCACAAGGAGGACCUAUCAUACUAUCUCAGAUUGAGAAUGAAUAUGGUAACGUCGAAAGGGGGUUUCAACAGAAAGGAUUCAGCUAUGUUCGUUGGGCGGCUCAAAUGGCCGUGGGACUCCAAACGGGUGUACCUUGGGUAAUGUGUAAACAAGAUGAUGCUCCUGACCCUGUGAUCAACACAUGCAAUGGCAUGCAAUGCGGGAAAACAUUUAACGGGCCAAACUCGCCUAACAAGCCUUCAUUAUGGACAGAGAAUUGGACUAGUUUUUAUCAAUUCUUUGGUGGAGUACCAUACCUGAGAUCAGCUUCAGACAUUGCCUACAAUGUUGCCUUGUUCAUUAUUGCAAAGAAAGGAAGCUAUGUGAAUUACUACAUGUACCAUGGAGGAACCAAUUUUGAUAGAUUGGCCUCCCCUUUCAUAACAACAGCUUAUUAUGAUGAGGCUCCACUAGACGAAUAUGGUUUGGUAAGGCAACCAAAAUGGGGACAUCUUAAGGAGCUACAUGCUGCAAUCAAGUCAUGUUCACAACCUCUUCUUUAUGGAACUCAAACCACUUUCAACUUAGGCUUACAACAAAAAGCUUAUGUUUUCAGAAGCUCCACAGAAUGUGCUGCCUUCUUGGAAAAUAGUGGACCUAGGGAUGUCACAAUUAAAUUUCUAAAUAUUCCGUAUCAAUUGACCCGAAAAUCAAUCAGUAUUCUACCAGGCUGCAAGAAUGUAGCAUUCAAUACUGGCAAGGUGACUAUACAGAACAGUAUCAGAGAAAUGAAACCGCAGUUUCGGUUUAAUUCAGCUGAAAAAUGGAAAGUGUAUACAGAAGCCAUCCCUAAUUUUGACGAUACGUCAUUAAGAGCAAAUAGAUUAUUAGAUCAAAUCGCCACAGCAAAAGAUACAUCUGAUUACAUGUGGUACACUUUCAGGCUUAAUCACAACUCUCCUAAUGCUCAAUCUGUUCUUAGUAUAUACAGCCUAGGACAUGUUUUGCAUUCGUUCGUCAAUGGAGUCUUAACAGGUUCUGCACAUGGAAGUCACAACUAUACGUCUGUUGCAAUGGAAAAAAAUGUUAAUCUGGUAAAUGGGAUGAACAACAUCUCCAUACUAAGUGCAACAGUUGGAUUGCCGAACUCGGGAGCAUAUUUAGAGCGCAAAGUUGCUGGUUUGAGUAAAGUGAAAGUUCAAAGAAGAGAUUUCACUAAUUACUCAUGGGGAUAUCAGGUUGGGUUGUUGGGAGAAAAAUUGCAAAUCUAUACAGUCAGUGGAUUAAGUAAAGUUCAGUGGAAAAGUUUUCAAAGCUCUACUAAACCACUAACAUGGUAUCAGACCACAUUUGAUGCACCAGAAGGUAACAAACCUGUAGUGCUUAACCUUGGUUCCAUGGGAAAGGGACUUGCUUGGGUUAAUGGCCAAGGUAUUGGUCGAUAUUGGGUAUCUUUCCACACUCCACGGGGGACUCCUUCUCAACAAUGGUAUCACAUACCCCGUUCCUUCCUAAAAGCUACCGGGAACCUACUUGUUAUACUAGAAGAAGAAACUGGAAAUCCUUUAGGAAUCACUCUAGACACAGUAUACAUCACGAAUUGAGAUCGUCUUCAUUCGAAAGAUCGCACAUUGUGAGUAAACAUUCAACAAAGAGUGCUCUGUCUUCAGUCACACGAAUAAAAAUGUAUCAUGGAAUGGAUAUAUCAUUAUUUGUAGUAUUAUUAGGCUUCAUGGUUACUGUAAAAGGGUUAUCUUACAAGUAGAGAGCACAGAAUAGCUAAAAGAAAGAUAUGUUUAGUUUAAGUAGUCUUGUACACAUCAAGAUAAAAUUUAAAUAUAUCUUAUAGAAUGAAAAUGGAGUAAAUUUAGAGACAA